AUGGCUCAUCACCAGCUGCCAGAGUACGACGACCAGUGUGACUGGAAGGCCUACAUCACGAAGGCAGAAGCUUAUUUCGAGGCAACUGGUGUCAGUGACUCGGGAAAGAAGACGGCGUUGCUGGUAGCUGCAUUCAGUACGCGCACCGUGCAAGUGCUCGCGGGACAGGUUGCACCGAGGAAGCCUAACUCGCUGACGUACGAGGAAGCAGUCAAAGUUUUGGAUGACUACUUCGACCCCAAGCGUCAUGAGAUAACGGAGAGCUUCCGGUUCUCCAAUCGCUGCCAGUUGGAAGGAAGCAGCCGUACCCCAGCCAUGGAUGCUGUCCUGUCAGAGUUCCAACACGUCUUCAGCACCGAGCUGGGUCUAAUCGACGGGCACCCUGUCCAUUUAAAGCUCAAGGAAGGAGCCACGCCGAAGUUUUACCACCAGCCGCUCCUGGGCCUGCUGAAGGCGGACCGACCAACUCCUGCAUUGGCAGCCGCUAGAAUACAGCGCUGGGCACUGUACCUGGGCGGAUUCCGCUAUCAGCUUCAAUACUGUCCUGGGCCAGCCAACGAACCAGACGAUUGGCAACUGUCAUCACCUGAAGCUGACGUGUACGCCCGCAACUUCGGAACGGGAGAGAAAUGGACGCCAGGAAUUGUACAGUCCAAAAUAGGUUCCCGGAUGGUUGCCAUACGAACGCCGGCCGGAUCAGUACGACGACAUGUUGACCAGGUGCGGAAGCGGGAAAAUUCGCCGCCACCGCUUGGUACAGAUCAAGAAGCGGGAAAUCAAGCAUCAAGAACAGGUACUCCUAGUGACUACCCACAAUCGCCGAGCCCGUCAGCUGAACAAGGGGGCAUACCCGAACCAGAGCAUGAAAUCCAACCGGAUCUCGCAGCGAGCAACGCUGCCAUGGAUGAACCCGACAGCCCACCCCAAGCUUUGCGGCGCUCUACACGUCAAAGAAAACCAUUACAGCGACUCCAGUAUUAA